AUGGCCGCGGACGGACCUAAGCCCGGUUUCCUUGGAAACAUCAACCAGGAACAAGAGGGCAAAUUGCAGAAGUUAUGGAGCGUCCUGCUGAGGGCGGCAGAAAUGCCGUCCAGCGAAGAGUUGUCAAAUGGAUGUGUAGAGGAGCACGCUAGUCCCACCCAGCCUCAACGACGUUCAUCGCUACUCGGUCGCACCCAAAGCAACAUCUCCGACAAGAGCACCCCAAAAGCCACAUCGGCGUACCAACAGAAGCUCAUGGCGUACCUGAGAGAGCUGGGCAUCAAAUCCCAGGAGACCAAGCAAGUCGAAAAAGCGCUCUCCGAGAUCACUCCCACCGAGUUACGCAACGGCAUCCUGGAUACCCUCAAGCAUGACCACCCAGAUGCCCUGCUUCUGCGCUUCCUCCGAGCCCGCAAGUGGGAUGUUCCUAGGGCGUUUGCUAUGAUGAUGGAUGCCAUUGUCUGGCGAGUGAAGGAGAUGCACGUGGACGAUGAGGUUAUGGCGAAGGGAGAGCUUCAUGCACUGAAGCAGGAGCACAGCUCAAAUUCCGCUGAGCAGAAGGCUGGAAAAGACUUCCUGGCUCAGAUGCGUAUGGGCAAGAGCUAUGUGCAUGGUACGGACAAGGUGGGCCGGCCCAUCGUCGUUAUCAGGGUCCGUCUUCAUAAGCCUGGUGCGCAGAGCGAAGAAGCCCUGGAGAGGUACAUCGUUCAUGUUAUCGAGUCAGUGAGACUCACUCUAUCUCCUCCUGUCGAGACUGCCGCUGUACUCUUUGACAUGACGGGUUUCUCUCUUUCCAAUAUGGAAUACCCGCCCGUGAAAUUCAUCUUGAAGUGUUUCGAGGCGAACUACCCAGAGUCAUUGGGCAUCAUGCUGAUUCACAAUGCUCCCUGGGUCUUUUCUGGCGUAUGGAGACUCAUUAGAGGCUGGAUGGAUCCCGAUAUUGCGGCCAAGGUCCAGUUCACGAAUUCAGCAGCUGACCUUGAAAAGUUUAUCGCUCGCGAUCAGAUUGUGGAAGAGGUGGGUGGCGCAGAGAAGUGGAAGUACGAGUAUAUCGAGCCCGACGAAAAGGAAAACGCCACCAUGGAGGACACGACCACCCGGGACGCACUCAUUCGUGAGCGACAGCAAAUCGGAGAGGAAUUUCUGGCAGCAACCUCUGAAUGGAAUGAGGCUACCAAGUCAAAGGACAAGAGCAAAAUCCAAUCAGCCGCAAGUCAGAGAGCUUACCUCGCUGAAAGACUGCGGGUCAACCACUGGAAGUUGGAUCCGUAUACACGUGCACGUCUUUGCCUCGACCGAAUGAGGGUCAUUCAGAAGGAUGGGAAGAUUGAUUUCUACCCUAAAGAAGUUGAAAUCGAGGAAAAGCCCCAGGAAUCUGGCAAAUCAUUGGACACCCAGCAUCUGGAGAGCGUGAAAAGCAAUGGAGCGGAAGCUAUUGUUUCAUAG